AUGCGCAGCACCCGAUGCUAUCUGCGGACACGCGCCAAUGGAGGGGAGUUGGGGCGCCACGCUCGGGUGCUUUUCCCGCCCACCCGCCCCAUACGCUUGGCCCUCCUUCUGGCGGCGGAUGGGCGCACGAGCAUCAGUGGCUUGACGUUGUCCAUGCCGCGGCAUCCCUUAACAUUGCCAAGCGCGUACGCCUUAAGACGCCACCAGGGUGAGUGGGUGGCAACGCCCAGCCUGGGAGUGAGCGCGGAGCCCGCAUGCUGCGGGCGGCGUCCGAAUCCAAUGAACACUAUACUCUAUGAUCCGAUGGCUCCGUUGAGCGUGUAG